AGGCAUGGCUCCUCCAAAGUUUAAGGAUCUCGGCAAGAAGGGAAAUGACUUGCUUGGCGAAGAUUACGACUUCGACCACAAGUUCGAGGUCAAGAGCAAGUUGGCCAACGGGAUUGAGAUCAAGUCCACCAUCAAGCAGAGCGCUAAGGAUGGAAUGCUCAGCGCUGUGCUCGAGGGAAAGAGGAGCGUGAUGAACAUGGACUGCACUCUUAAGACCACCCAUCAGAUGGAGCCAUCCCUCGCCGUCGAGCACAGCAAACUCCUUCCCGGACUCAAGCUCAGGCUCGACACCGACUCCAAGUUGAACAGCACCCUUGCUGCUGACUACAAGCUCGACAACUUGAUGAUCACGUCCAAGAUCAACCCCGCGAAGGCCAACAUCGACAUCGAUGCUGCUUUCGGCUUGGGCUCCUUGAACGCAGGCGUCAAGACAGCUUACAACUACGGAAAGGGAUCCUUGGCCACCCCCGAGCUCAGCGCUGAGUUCAAGGUGGAUGCCUACAGCGUGCAAGUGGGAUGCAAGAACUUCGGCGAGUCCAUCUCAGGAGUUGUGCACACCGAGAUCAGCAAGGGAACGGAAGUUGCUUUGAGCUUCGAGCAGACGAGCAAGAACAAGAACACUGACCUCAACCUCGCCAUCGGUGCUGCAUGGCAGAUCGACAAGGACAGCAGCUUCAAGGCUAAGGUGGACAAGGACGCUAUGAUGUGCGUGUCAUACGUUCAGCAAGUCCGCCCCGACCUCAAGAUCAAGGUCGCUGGUCAGAUCCAGGCAGCCAAGUUGACUGCAGGAAACGCUCACAGGUUCGGAAUCACUGCCCUUUGGAACAUGUAAGGAGCAGGGUAGAAGCCGUUUUUUGUGAAUCUCAGAUCUUAUUUUGCAUGCUGCCAUAGAAACUGUAAAGACAAGUUUGAUUCAUUAAACGAACAUUUCAUUGGC